CUAACGGCGGGGCAUGACCGAGUCCCAACACAAGACUGAUUAAUGCACAGGAGACUUUAGUGACAGACUAUUGCAAAAAGCGAAGGCUGCAUAGUUGUAGACCUGCUGGUUGGAAAGACAGACACAGAUGCCGGCAAGUUAGUGAAACUGUUGAAUGAUUGAGAUGAGCCGCUAUCUGUGGCUACCCUUGUCCUAUGUUACCAACUCCGUCCGCAAGAACCGCGAGGAGGUCAAUGGCAGCGACUUCUUCUUUGCCCUAUAUGGCCUCUCCAACACCACCUCAUUCUUCAGCUGGGGCAACCUGACCAUCGAAGACUGGGGCAUCUUCAACAAUGACACCAAGUAUGAAGCCGAGUCUAAGAACCCGACUGUCAAAGCGCUGCUGAUCGUGGCUUACUCUGUCAUCAUUGUCAUCUCGCUGUUCGGCAAUGUCCUCGUCUGCCAAGUGGUGAUCAGAAACAAGCGGAUGCAUUCCGCCACCAGCCUCUUCAUAGCUAACCUGGCCGUGGCUGAUAUCAUGAUCACGCUCCUCAACACUCCCUUCACACUGGUCCGGUUUGUAAAUAGUAACUGGGUAUUCGGAAAGUUGAUGUGCCAUGUUAGUCGCUUUGCUCAGUACUGUUCUGUACAUGUUUCUGUCCUGACCCUCACUGCCAUUGCUCUGGACCGGCACCAGAUUAUCAUGCAUCCCUUGAAGCCAAGGAUGUCUAAGGCUAAAGGAGUCAUCUGUAUCAUCGUCAUUUGGAUCAUGGCUACUGCUUUCUCUCUUCCACAUGCAAUCUACCAGAAGUUGUUCAAAGUUGAAUACAGAAAAGAGAGAGUGCGAAGUUUAUGUCUCCACAGUUUCCCACAGCCUGCUGAUUUGUACUGGAAGUACAUGGACUUGUCCACUUUUAUUCUCCUGUACGUUCUGCCACUCCUGAUUAUAACCGUGGCCUACACAACAGUGGCGAAGAAGCUGUGGUUGCGGAAUGCCAUCGGGGACAUCACAGUGGAGCAAUACUUUGCCCACAGGCGUAAGAAAAAGAUGAUGCUGAAGAUGUUGAUGCUGGUGGUGGUAGUGUUUGCUGUCUGUUGGUUUCCCUUGAACUGCUACGUGGUGCUCAUCUCCAGCAAGGCCAUCAACACCAACAAUGCCCUGUACUUCACCUUCCACUGGUUUGCCAUGAGUAGUACGUGUUACAACCCGUUCAUCUACUGCUGGCUUAAUGCAAAUUUCCGAUCCGAAUUCAAAUCCUUGUUGAAUAUGUGCAGAAUGAGAAGAGCCACCCAUGUGCAGCCCCUUGCCUACACCCCCCCUCCCUACAGGCAGGCAUGGAAUGAAGGCAGAAGCCACAAGAGAAUCGGUCAAGCUCGGAAUCCACGGUUUAGCACCAACACAAACUCCGCAAGGACUGAUAUUUCCAUUGUGGAACCCAUUGUGACUGUCGGCUAA